AUGCCGGCCGAUUUUGACAAACAAAGUUAUUGGGGCAACAGAUUUGUCGCCGAGACCAAUUUUGAGUGGUUGACCGAAUCUGCAACCUUUAUGUCGAUCUUGGACCCAUACCUGGCCCAACUCGAUGAUUUCGCACCAAUCCUGCAGCUAGGCUUCGGAACGAGCGAUUUGCAGAACCAUUUUAGGCAAAGGGGAUUUGAGAAUGUGACCAACGUCGACUUCGAGCCUCUCGCAAUGGACCGCGGCAGGAUGUUGGAGAAGCAAGUAUUCGGUGACGUGAAGAUGCGCUAUCUCGUUGCGGAUGUCACUCAACUUCACCUUCCUGACAAGUUUGAUCUCAUCAUCGACAAGAGCACCGUCGAUGCUGUUUCGUGUGGUGGCGAAGAACAGUUUUUGCGCAUGGCCGAGGGAGUAAGGCGGCACCUCACAGAUGACGGCUGCUGGAUUUCGUUGAGCUACUCGUUCUGCCGCUUUGACGUUGAGGGACUACCAUUCGACGUAGAGGUAAUCGCCAAGAUCCCUACGCCAAAACUGAAGCCUCACGAUCCCGAUGUCUACCAUUGGUGUUACCUGAUGAGGCCGAAGGAGUUUCGAUAA